AUGUUUUUGCCUGCUGUCGUCACGGUUUUAGCGGCUUUGGCUACGCCAGCCUUCUCCUUUGCCAUCUCCCGCCUGCCCCAGGCUACCCAAGAUCUUGAUAUUAAGCUCACUGCCAUCAGCAAUACUCGCAUCAAGGCUGUCAUCACCAAUACUGCCAAUCGCCCCCUCAAUUUACUCAAGUACAACAACUUUUUAGAUGAUGGCCCAAUCCAAAAAGUCUCGAUCUUCAAAGAUGGGCAACCAGUGCAGUUUGAUGGAAUGCUCAGGCGCAUUCAAAUGACCGAUCUUCAUCCGAGUGUCUUCGUGCCACUCACCCCGGGGCAGAGCAUUGAAAAAGAGUUCGACAUCGCGUCUACUGCUGAUUUGGCCGCUGGUGGCACGUUUACUAUCUCAUCUCAGGGCUUGAUUCCUUUUGCCGAGGCUAACGCAACCACUCUCGCCGGUGCGAUGGCUUUCAAGACGAAUCAACUUGAUCUUGAGAUUGACGGCACCCUCGCCGCGUCUGUUGCUAAGGCCAUUACAGCCCUUUCCCCAAGAACCCGGGUUGACUCCGGCUGUUCUGGAGCAGAGAAAAACUCCCUUUUGGCUGCCCUUAAGAGUUCUGCUUCACUCUCCCAGGCCGCAGCUCGGGCAGCCCAAAGCAACCCUACCAAGCUGGCUGAAUAUUUCCGCAACAGUGAUUCCCGAACCGUACAAGCCGUUGUCGCUCGCUUCCAAGCCGUCGCGCGGGAAUCUAGCUCGACCACUGGCGGUUCUACCAGAUAUUACUGCAAGGAUAGCAUGGGCGGCUGUCAGCAGAAUGUCCUCGCAUACACUCUUCCAUCUCAGAACUUGGUCGUCAACUGCCCUAUCUAUUACCGCCUGCCACCGCUCUCGCGGAGUUGCCACGCCCAAGAUCAGGCUACCACCACUCUCCACGAGUUCACUCACAAUCCUGGUGUCUACCAGCCCUUCUGCCAGGACAAUGCUUACGGAUAUGAAAACUGCCGUCGCCUCUCUGCCCAGCAGGCACUAAACAACGCUGAUAGUUACGCUCUUUUUGCCAACGGUAAGCCACACCUUUCUCUAUCCCUGUCAACUCAUAGCUGA